AUGAUCACACUAGACCCCAAGGAUUACAAGAUUGCCUGGAUAGCUCCACUCGAGAUAGAAGCCAAGGCAGCCAUGUGUUUACUGGAUGAAAACCAUCGCGGCCGGUUUCCUGUCAGCCGUGGCGAUGACUAUGUCUUCCAGGCAGGCUCUAUGGCAGGCCAUAACGUUGUUAUCGCAACUCUGCCAGCAGGCCAGGAACAUGGCACAGGCUCUGCGGCUGCACUUGCAAGCCAAGUGAAAAAGUUCUUCCCCAACCUCUGGUUUGGCCUGCUUGUUGGCGUGGCAGCAGGGCUUCCCAACCUUUCUUGUGACCCAGUGCGUGAUAUCCGACUGGGUGAUGUGCUCGUCGGCCUCUCUGUUGGCGAGAGUGCUGGACUUGUUCCGUAUGACCUCGGCAAAGAAACGGAGGAUGGAUUCAAUCCGCUACGGGGUGGCCACAGCCUCGCUAUGACUGAAUCAAUUGUGCUGUCGGCUAUAGGUAGCAUCAAACUCCAGGCGCCCAACGACACCGAAAUGUUCUUGCCGUACUACGAGAAGAUAUCCGAUUGCGAACAUGCAACUGGCACAUUCGCUGAUCCAGGACAAGACAAUGACAUAUUAUUUGACGACAAUGAAGAUGACAAAAUUGUCGAGCGUCCUCAACGAUCAAAAUCAAAUCAUCAACGCGCUCGAGCUUGGUAUGGCCCCAUUGGGUCAGGAGAGAAGCUGUUAAAGAACGCAAAAAAGCGAAAUGAAUUGAGGGACAGAUAUGGUAUCAUUGGCCUGGAGAAGGCAGCGGCAGGAAUUAUGAACCGAAUUCCAGUUGGCGUCAUCCGAGGAGUAUGCGAUUAUGGAGAUCGACACAUGAACAAAAAUUGGCAACCGUAUGCGGCAGCGAUGGCAGCUUCGUACGCUAGAGCGUUACUUGAUGAGAUCCCCUCAAGUGACAGAACUGUAAGCACGACUAAGAACGAGCAUGAGCCACGAUACUACAUUCCUCUUACUAGAAACGCGCGCUUUGUUGGCCGUUCAAGCAUCCUAAAUGCGCCGGAAGACGAAUAUCCCCUAAGAGAAGUCUCUGAUUCAAAAGCAACUGCUUCAAGAUGA